GACAAAAAAUUCAAAAUCCAACAAACGGUGACGUUUUGGGUCGUCUUCUUCUUCUUCUUCUCCCUCUGCAUCUCGUAAUCAUUCACCUUCGUUGCUCUCUAUUCACGUUCUUUACUUCUAACCUUUCUGUGAUUUGGGAGUCCAGUAUCAAAGUAUUUGCUCUCUGACAAAAGUGAAAUAGGAUAAUGGCUAAGUUUGUUGCUCCUAGCCACCUGAUUAUCAAAGAUGAAAACUUGAAUCUUCAUUCCAAAAAGACUACUAAGUCGAAGAAUUCCAAGACAAAUGGAAAGAAAGGCGGUUCAGGGACUGCAGGUCGAAAAGCUCUAAAUGAUAUAACAAACAAAAGUUCACUUCACCACCCUGAAGCCCCGGUUAAGAAAAGGAAUUUACCCAAGGAAGAUAUUAAUGUAAAGGAGGAAAUGUUCUUGCAUGAUCACAAGAAGUGCAUCGAGGCUCAAAAUGCUGCUAUGAGAAGUUUCAAUCUUGAGACAGUUCUUCCACAAGAUGAUUCCAUAUCUAUCCUAGAGCAGAUAAAGGUUCCUCAUUCCCCUCAAUGCUACCCAGAACCUGUAGAAUUGCCAAUGUCCCAAUUUUCUGAUUGGUUUGACCAUUCAAUGCAGUGGAGCUCUCCUCCUUCUUCUCCGUUAUCAUGGGACUCUCCACCAUCUCCCCUUGCAUGGCAAAAUGAAGAAGUUGAAUUUGUUCUGAAGGAAGAAAUUGCUGUCCAAGUGUAACCUACUGCUUCUUUUGUCUUGUAAUAGAACAAGUGGAUCCCACCGAUGUGAAUGAUUGAGCCUCGUUUUUCAUUUCUUUCUCGAUAUUGCUGCAUAAUCCCUUCAUUUGACUGAAUUUCUAGUUUCUGUCACAAUUAAACAUCAGAUCCAGUACUCAAGCAAUGUGGAACAGGUAAUGUAGUGUUAACAGACUUUUGUUAUCCCGCAGUAAUGAGUUUGUGUUAAGCUUCCAGCACUACCGAAAAGACCAAAAAAUGGCAGCAAUUCCAAAUUGUAGUCUGUCC